AUGCGUAUCGAAUCUCUUGCCGCCGCUUUGACGUUCGGCUCGUCUGCUUUCGCGGCACAGCUAACCCAAGUCUCGAACUAUGGUGGCAGUGCAAAAGCGAAACCUGGGAUGUGGGUCUACGUCCCAGACACGGUAAAAUCAGACGCCCUCGUUGUCGCCAUCCACAGCUGCCAAUCCUCCGCGCAAAAGUACUUUGCCAACGCCAAGAUCCCGUGGAAACAGGGCUCCGACCGCAAAGGCUACGUUUCUGUCUGGCCGUCCUCCACAACCGAGUGCUGGGACGUUAGCUCGAAGUCGAGUUUGAGUCACGAUGGAGGCGGGGAUUCGAAUGCAAUUGCGAAUAUGAUCAAGUAUGCGAUUACGCAGUACAAGAUUAAUCCGGCGAAGGUGUUUGUCACGGGUGGAAGUUCCGGAGGAAUGAUGUCCAACGUCAUGGCAGCCACCUACCCCGAACUCAUCACCGCCGUAUCCCUCUACUCCGGCGUCCCCGCCGGCUGUUUCGUCUCUUCGUCCGGUGCAUCCGCCGCUUGGAACAACACGUGUUCUGGAGGGCAGUCUACGGCAACUGCGCAGAAAUGGGGCGAUGUUGUUAGAGCCAUGUACCCCGGCUACAACGGGACUCGUCCGCGGAUGCAGAUCUGGCACGGAUCCACUGAUGGAACGUUGAGCCCGAAUAAUUAUCAAGAGACAAUUAAGCAGUGGACUAAUGUGUUUGAUGUAUCUAUCACACCGACUUCAUCCAAGCCAGAUACGCCAGAGAAGAACUACAGGAUGGACGAUUUUGGUCCGAAUGUUGAGGGUAUUUGGGCGGUUGGCGUUGGACAUAGUGUACCGAGUCACUUAGAUGCUAGUGAGGCUUGGUUCGGACUGUAG